CUACUAGCCUGUAAAUGCUAGCUAGUUAAUUCGGACGGACAUUGCGUGUGAAUGCGGUGUGUGGACUGUCAACAACAUCCCCCUGCAAUUACGUAAUGUUGCUAGCUAGGUGGCUAGCUAUGGCUGGGUUUGGGAUGUUACGGUGUGCCAUGUCGCCGGCGAAAUUGACUUUCGAGGACCGCAAUCCACCAGCAGCGGUUUAUUCUCCCGCUAGCUGCGGUCCCUUCCCCGGAGGCAAUCUGGCGGCCCUUCGGCUAGAGGCGGAGGAGAAGGAGCUGGGGGCCAUGGCCUGGGUGCUGAAGAUGGACGAUGCCACCAUCGAGUCAGGGCUGGUACACGACUUCGAUGCCAGUCUGUCGGGCAUCGGGCAGGAGCUGGGGGCUGGCGCAUACAGUAUGAGUGAUGUGCUGGCCCUGCCAAUCUUUAAACAGGAGGACUCCAGUCUUCCUUCAGACUGUGAGAGCAGCAGUCUCAACCCUCCCUUCCAGUACGUUCUUUGUGCUGCCACCUCCCCUGCUGUCAAACUACACGAUGAGACGCUCACCUACUUGAACCAAGGCCAGUCUUAUGAGAUCCGUAUGCUGGACAACCGAAAGCUGGCAGAGUUACCAGAGAUUAACAACAAGAGUGUCAAGAGCAUCGUUAGGGUGGUGUUUCAUGACAGAAGACUCCAGUACACAGAGCACCAGCAACUGGAGGGGUGGAAAUGGAAUCGCCCUGGAGACCGUCUCCUAGAUAUUGACAUCCCUCUGUCAGUGGGUAUUGUGGAGGCGAAGGCAAACCCCGCUCAGCUCAACGCUGCCGAAUUCCUCUGGGACCUCAACAAGAGAGCCUCCGUGUUUGUGCAGGUUCACUGCAUCAGUACAGAGUUCACCCCUAGGAAGCAUGGAGGAGAGAAGGGAGUUCCCUUCAGGAUCCAGCUGGACACUUUCAGACAGGGAGACAACGGAGAGUACACUGAACACCUCCACUCUGCCUCCUGCCAAAUCAAAGUCUUCAAGCCAAAGGGGGCAGACAGGAAACAGAAGACUGACAGAGAGAAGAUGGAGAAACGAACGUCUCAGGAAAAGGAGAAGUACCAGCCCUCCUACGACACAACCAUACUAUCAGAGAUGAGGCUGGAGCCCAUCAUAGAGGAGGCAGGAGACUAUGAGCUGAAGAAGUCCAGCAAGCGGACGCUGCCGGCUGAUUGUGGGGACUCGCUGGCCAAGAGAGGCACUUGUUCUCCGUGGCCUGAUGCCUACAUCAGCUCUCCACAGACAGCUGGCCCCUCUUUCUCCUCUACACCGCUCUCCACAUACACUGCCUCCUCUGUACCUGACAGUGGCCCCUCGUCGCCCAAUCACCAGACAGACCCUGUCAGCCAAGUCGUCACAGAGCAGCUCAGUCCUACGGCUACCAUCAAGGAGGCUCAGAAGUGGCUUGUCAAGAACCGCUUCAACACAUAUGCACGACUCUUCUCCCACUUCUCAGGUUGUGACUUAAUGAAGUUGACCCGGGAUGACCUGGUUCAGAUCUGUGGAGCUGCUGAUGGAAUCAGACUCUUCUACACACUCAGAUCCAGGUCGGUGCGUCCCAGGUUGACCAUCUAUGUGUGUCAGGAGUGUGACGUGGAGAGCCCCCUGCUGGAGAGACGCUGCGACAGCGAGAACGGAGAGCACAGUGACUCACCUAACUUAUAUGUGUACCAUGCUCUAUACCUGGAGGAGCUGACGGCUGCUGAGUUGAUCAGGAAGAUGGCGUGUGUGUGUAGUGUUCCACUGGGACAGAUCAACCAGGUCUACCGACAAGGACCCACAGGAAUACACAUACUGCUGAGUGACCAGGUGGUUUAUAACUUACCUGAUGAGAGCUGCUUUCUCAUUGGCACACUCAAAGAUGAAACGGGGGAGGGGCUCCAUCUGGUUUUGAAGUAGCGAUGGAGGACGAGAGCGUGAUGACAUCACUGAAACCUCCUCCCUCCGUGACGAGCAGAGCAGCCUCCCUCUCUCUCUCCUAUCGUUCAGAUUGCUAUGUGUAAGGCAGAAGGACAGAGGGACUGAACUGAAGCCAUGUUAACGUUAGAAUCUGACGCGGGUGUGACCACUGUUUCAUAUUGAAAACACUAUUACUGAGGGGGAGAGGGGGGGAGGCGUGUGGCGUGUUUUAUUCUCUCCAUUUCUUUAUAGUUUUAUAAGUGGGGAGGGGUAGGCUGCCCCCCACAGAGAGGCUCAUAGAGGCAGUGCUAUAGGCUUCAGCCAGGGCUAGGCCAGUAGUCAGUGCUGUAAUGCCAUGUGACUUGAACAUACAGAUUGAUGGACAGACAGACGGACCCCAGCCGCUUGAUCUCAUUUGCUUUGACUGAGACUCGACCACUUCCACGGAAGCAGAGCUGGCAACAAAUAAACUCAAACAGAACACUGUCUAGAACACGUGUCAAACUCAUUCCUCUGAGGGCCGAGUGUCUGCAGGUUUUUGCUCCACCCUUGUACUUUAUUGAUGAAUUAAGGUCAGUAAUUAGUAACUAACUCUCCUCACCUGGUUGUCUAGGUCUUAAUUGAAAGGAAAAACCUGCAGACAUUCGGCCCUCCCAGGAAUGAGUUUGACCCUGAUCUAGAACAACAGUCUCUGUGUGGUUGUGUAUAUUGUGUAGAACACAGUAGUCUAGAUCUGAAUGUUCUAGAUCUGUUCCCAGACAUUCUAUAACUAGUGAGGAUGGGGGUCCUCUUAGUCAAUCAAGUCAAGAUUUUGUGGACUGUUAGGGGUGUUAGCAAGUGUCUAACAUGGCCUGUUCUGGUCAUAUGAACCAAGUCUGAUACCAUAAUAUACAGCCAGCUUUCAUAGACUAGACAUAACACAGUAAAUCCGGGACACUCAAAUUAGUAUGAUACACUACAUGACCAAAAGUAUGUGGACACCUGCUCGACAAACAUCUCAUUCCAAAAUCAUGGGCAUUUAAUAUCGAGUUGCUCCCACCCCCCUUGCUGCUAUAACAGUCUCCACUCUUCUGGGAAGGCUUUCCCCUAGAUGUUGGAAUGUUUCUGCAGGGACUUGCUUCCAUUCAGCCACGAGCAUUAGUGA